UGCUGCUCCUCUGGUAAAUCUAAGGCAAUAUUGAUAUUCGGUUCUAGAGAAUCCUCGUUUAGAUUUAUCGUAGGAUAAGCUUCUCCUUUAUCGUCAAGCUUCGGCUGUGCGAAUUUGACGCUUAUAUUUAUAUUGACGUCCUUCAUUCGUUGUGGUUCACUAUCAACAACCAAGUCGGCUGGAAUGCGUAAUUCUGCAAAUCUUACGCGUACAAUAACAUUACUAUUCUGUUUUAUAACAGCACUAGGCGCUGGAACGAACUAUGUAUUCAGCUCAUACGGAGAACAACUAGCGAGGAGGCUCGAUUUAAACCACACGCAGAUUAGUAUAGUCGCUAGUUGUGGAAACGCAGGUGUUUACUUCACUGCACCCGCUUGGGGACGGUUUAUCGACAAGUUACCACUCAGAAUACCGCUUCUAAUCAGCUCAUGUGUGCUAUUUAUUGGUUACUUUGGUAUAUACUCAUUCUACGCUGGUUUAAUUCAUUCACAAAACCCUGUCGUCUGGGUUUCCUUACUCUCGAUAAUUGCCGGUAUGGGUGGUAGUGGCUCCCUAUUGUCGGCAUUAAACGCAACAGCACGGUCGUUUAAUGAUAACACACGAGCAACCGCGUCUGGUAUUGUUCUAUCUGGAUUCGGUUUGAGCGCCUUUUUCUAUUCAUUUAUUAGCCACGAAGCUUUCCAAGGAUCAACUGAUGACUUCUUGCUCGCACUAGCGAUUGGUACUUCAUUAUCCGUAUUACUUGGUGCUUUAUUUAUCAAUGUGGUUCCGCCAGAAAGUGAGAAAGUAGCUGAUAAUGAGGAAGGACGUCCACUUUUUGACGAGAACGCUUCGCUUGAUGAGGACAUACUCACCUCUGGAUCACCACUUGCUAUCCUUAAAAGCUUAGACUUUUGGCUCAUGUUCAUCAUCAUAGCACUCUUAGCUGGUACGGGAUUGAUGUGGAUUAACAACGUCGGAGCUGUCGUACAAGCACUUUACGCUUAUCACCAUCCACAUUACGACCCUGUCACUGUGGCACAAGCUCAAACGAAACAAGUUAGUCUGCUCAGCUUGACAAAUUGUGCGGGUAGGAUCAUUAUUGGAUUAAUUUCUGAUUACAGUCACAAGAAGUACAAGUUGAAUAGGGCAUGGUGGGCAGCUGUAAUUUCAAGCGCUUUUGUGGUCUCACAGUUAGUUGCGCAAUCAAUAAAGGUCCCAGGACAGCUCGGUUGGGCAACUGCUAUGAUUGGAUUAUCGUAUGGAAGUCUCUUCGCCAUUGGACCAGUAUUGACAUUGGAGAUAUGGGGACUUCACGCUUUCUCAUCUAAUUGGGGUUUAAUGUCGCUUGCACCAGCUCUAGCCGGCCCAGUUCUCAAUCUAAUCUUUGGUGGAAUCUACGACUCACAUGCACCAACAGAGGACGAACUAGAGAAGUAUUCUAAAUUAGAGAACAUAUUAAACAUGCCAGCGACCGCAUCAACAUGUCUCGAAGGACGCGCUUGCUAUAUUUCUUCAUUACAUUUAACUACAAUGGCAUGUGUGAUCGCAUUAGCUUUGUCAAUAUACUGCGCAAAGAGGAGGUCAUCCCGUACGCCUAUUUUCAGAGAAGAAACGAUAGACGAAAGAUCAGAGUGAAUAUCUCAAUCAACGAUCUGUCUAUAGGUCAAGCUAAUCCGACCGGUUUUAACCUUUGGUUCUUUCUUGAUUUCAUGCUUCCAAUAACGCUGUGUAGAUCCUUGCAUGACCAAAUAAACUCCCGUUUGUGAGCUUGAGAGUGCUCUUCUCCCGUCCUGGAACAUCUGUCUCUGGGUAUACCUUGAGUGCAGCUUUCGUCGUCUGCGGUGAGAGAUGUAUCGUUCUCUCAGCACCUAGACUGACAGUUGCUAUGACUUGAUUGUUAAAAUUAUCAUUGUGUUUGCCAAUAUAGACACUGCCAUCUUGGUAAUAGUUUAGCAUACAGUGUGUAAAGUCUACACCAGUGACUUCUUUCAAUCGCCCGGCGAUUUGGUUGACGAGCUGAGGAAAUGGAUGAUUCACUUUAGCAUCAUGAUUGCUGUAUUUCAUAUGUGCACGCUUUUCUUCUAUCGCAUAGACAGCAACUUGACGAGAUUGAAUGACGUCUUUCCCGUAUAUCUUUAAAGUGGGUCGAUAGAAUUCCAACUCUAACGCUUGAUUGUACAACUCGUUCGCUUCGUUUUGCUUGAGAAACUCAUUCAUGUAGAAGAAAUCGCCACCACGCAUAUCCUCAAGUUUAUAGUUGUCAAC